AUGGCAACCGGCGGUGUCAUCACCCCGUUUGUCCGCAGGAUAAAUAACUGCAUCGGGGAGUUGAACCAGAAAUACUUCAUCCAGUUCCUCUUUUAUACUGGCCUGGCCAGUGCCUACGCCGCGGGGUUGGUGUUGGCUGCGUGGUUGGGACCAUCAGGAGGAGACGGCACCGAAAACCGCGUCCAGACUGCUCACUGCAUCGUGCUGCUGCUGGAGUCCCUCCUCUUCGGCACUUUUGUCACCGUCGUGUUUUAUGAUCAGGUGGUGUCCAUCCUCACGGAGCAGCCCCACAAGCGGGGGCCGAAGGAGGCACGUGGGGGCCGAGCGUGGGCAGCAGCACUGCAGGAGGUGUUCGGGGGGGGCUGUGUGCUCGGCUGGCUCUGCCCCUGCAGCGCGCCAUCCCGCCCCACAUACAGCCUCCUGCCCCACGGCGACGUCUGAGCCCCACAGAAUGGCUGGGGUGGGGGGCAUCGGCGCCCCGGGGGGUGCUGAUGCCCCAAAGCUUGGGUACCCCGUAGAGGUUCUGAGAGUCCAGAUCCAUGCUCAGGGGAUCCUGCCCCGAAGUGCGGGCACCCCAUAGAGGUCCUGGGGUCUCUGUGAUCAGGGGGUCGUGCCCCAAAGUUUGGAUACCUCAUAGAGGUGCUGGGGCAUCCAUGGGUCCGUGCUCAGGAGGUGCUGCCCCAAAGAUCGGGCAGCCCGUAGAUAGAGGUCCUGGGGGUUCCCAGCUCUGUGCUCAGGGGGUCCUGCCCCCAAAGUGCAGGCACCCCAUAGAGGUUCUGGGGCGGCCCCAACUCACGACGCUACACGGCAGCAGGGAGAGGAUUUUUGGCUGGCAGGGGGCACCCAACAAAGCCCUUGGUACCCAAUGCUGGCAGUGCCAUCGUCUUGGCGGGGGUGAAGGGGGGGGGGAUCAGCGCAGCCCCCAUUGUGCACAGGGACAGCCCCAGCACCGCAGCGCCAAUGACCCCAGAGCAGAGAGCGGGCUCCAUAAAUAGCUUUAAAUAAUCACCCAGCACCCGGCGGGUGCUCAGAGGGGGGGGACCCCGAGGCCAGCCCCAGGGUGAGACCCCCGGGAGGGGCUGAGGUAGAACACAGGUGCGAUGAAUCACCCAAUAAACGGCUGCAGCGCUACGCCCGGCGCUGCCGGAGGAUCUCCAAAA